ACAUACGUCAUACUCUUUGUUUGGAUCGUGCAUCUCUAAAUUUGAAGGCACCGACCAGAAUAAAAAGAAAAGAAUUAUUUGGGUUUUGGAUUCGUAAAUCAUUUUGCGCCUUUCCAGCUAAUUGAAUUAAAAUAUUGAUAGAUACAAGUAAUAUAUACAAUCAUUACCUAACGAUUGUUCAGUCAAUAUCGGCAUUCAGCUCAUCCAACAUCAUGGCUGAGUCAAAGGAAAAUAUUUUUUUGUUUGUUCCAAACAUAAUUGGAUUUGCCAGAGUUGUUCUGGCGAUUAUAUCGUUCUAUUUUAUGCCGACGCACUGUGUAUUGGCAUGCACAUGUUAUAUUACUUCGGCCUUGCUUGAUGCAUUUGAUGGACACGCCGCUCGAAUGUUCAAUCAAAGCACCAAAUUCGGAGCAAUGUUGGAUCAAUUGACAGACCGUGCUGGCACUGCUGGCCUUAUGAUGACUCUCGCAACAUUCUAUCCUAAAUAUACAUUUUGGUUCCAAAUGUCUAUGGUCAUUGAUAUAACCUGCCACUGGAUUUACUUGCACACUUCCACAUUGCAAGGAAAGACAUCUCAUAAGUUUAUUGAUAUGGGAGAAAAUCCUAUAAUGCAUCUAUACUAUACAAAUAAGAAUGUCCUGUUCUUUAUGUGCGCUGGAAAUGAAGCAUUCUACGCUGCUUUAUAUGUCAUGUACUUCUAUACAGGACCUACAGUAAUGGGAAUUGGGUUAUUCAAACUGAUAGCUUUGAUAUCUAUGCCAGUUGCAGUUGUGAAGGCUGGCAUUUCCGUGCUACAUGGUAUUGUAGCUUCUAUCAACCUGUCUAUUAUAGAUGUCAAUGAACGAGCAGCCAUCGCACAGAAGCAAAACAAUUGAAUACAACUGCAAAGCUUUUCUUUUCCAUUUGGUUGUACCUUCUGUUUUGUAAUUUAUUUCCAAAAAGAAUUUUAUAAAAUGCCAAAAAUAUUUUUACAGCUGUAGCUUCAAGUGAUAUUACAUUUAUGAAACAUCAAGAAAAAGUUGAUUAUAGUAUUAUUUUGGACUAGGUAUAAGUUCUUUAAUAAAAUGAAUAAUAAUAUUUUAUUCUCUUGAUGUUUUAGAUUUAAGAAUAGUGUUUAUGUAGUUGGAUUUGGAAAAUUAUUUUUAUUAUUCAUGCAUUUAUAGAGUUGAUGUGUAGAUCCAAAUAUGUAUUUAUUUAUUAUUUUUAACUGGGCCAAUAAGUAUACUGUUAUUUAAUUUGAUCAAAGUAAAAUAAGUAUAUUUUUUAAAAAUGUAUCAUUUAAUAUUAAUUUAUUAUUCUGUGAUAUUGACGCUAUUUAUGCAGAUUGUUUUGUUGUAGAAAUACUUCCUAUUUAAUAUUAUUAAAUCAUUACUAGUCAACAUAAAUUAUUGUUCUCAAUGUGUUAUUUGGUAGGUAUUUUGAGAUAACUGAAACUUGUGUUGAUUGUUAAUUCCAUAUUUUAAUAAGCACCUACAGAAAUAAAUACAUAAUAUUGUCAAAA